AUGUCUCAUCUAUUGUUAAUCAGACUUCACGCAGGUCCCCUCACGGCUAUUUCAGAAUUAUGCGGUAGGCUGGAGCCACCAAAUUCAAGCAAUGAGGAAGUUAUUGCUAAGGAAUCUAAGAUCGCCAAGCAAAGCUGUAAAAGCUUGGUGAAGAAAGGACCAUAUCAUGUUUAUAUAUGGGCUGAUGCGAAGGUUGUGCAACGGGACCCGACUGGAUGA